AUGGCGGAGCCGCCGCCCGCGGAGCCGGCGGGCAGGGAGGUGCGGGACCGCCUGAGCCUGUGGGACCGCCGCCCGCAGCCCGCCGCGCCGCUCAGCGACCGCCAGACGGACUCGGUGUUGGAGCUGAAGGCGGCGGCGGAGAACCUGCCGGUGCCGCCCGAGCUUCCAAUUGAAGAUUUGUGCAGCCUAACAUCCCAGUCGCUAACUGUUACACUGACAGCUGCGGUGCCAGAAUCCACGGAGGAUGUCCUCUUGAAAGGAUUUGCCAUACUGGGGAUGGAGGAUGAAAGAAUUGAAACAGCACAGCAGUUCUUCUCCUGGUUUGCUCAGGUACAAACACAGAUGGAUCAAGAUGAAGGUGCCAAGUAUAGACAGAUGAGGGAUUACUUGUCUGGGUUUCAGGAGCAAUGUGAUGCUAUCUUGAAUGAUGUGAAUAGUGCCCUUCAGCACCUGGAGUCCCUGCAAAAACAGUAUCUUUUUGUGUCCACGAAGACAGGAACGCUGCAUGAGGCCUGUGAACAACUUCUGAAAGAGCAGUCAGAACUUGUUGACCUGGCUGAAAACAUCCAGCAGAAACUUUCUUAUUUUAAUGAGCUGGAAAACAUCAACACAAAAUUGAAUUCCCCUACGCUGUCCGUGAACAGUGAAGGAUUCAUUCCCAUGCUGGCUAAGCUUGAUGAUUGUAUUGCAUAUAUUUCAUCGCAUCCAAAUUUUAAAGACUAUCCUGUAUAUUUGAUUAAGUUUAAACAAUGCCUUUCUAAAGCUAUGCACCUUAUCAAGACAUACACUGUGAAUACACUACAGAACCUCACGAGCCAGUUAAUGAAAAGGGAUCCUUCAGCUGUGCCAAAUUCUGACAAUGCCUUCACGCUGUUUUAUGUAAAAUUCAGAGCAGCUGCUCCCAAAGUCAGAACUCUUAUUGAACAAGUAGAGCAAAGAUCUGAAAAAAUGCCAGAGUAUCAACAAGUUCUCAAUGAAAUCCAUCAAUGUUACCUCGACCAGAGGGAACUUUUGCUAGGUCCAAGUAUCGCUAGCACUGUUACAGAAUUAACCAGUCAGAACAACAGAGAUCAUUGCGCUCUGGUACGAAGUGGUUGUGCCUUUAUGGUCCAUGUAUGCCAGGAUGAACACCAGCUUUACAAUGAGUUCUUCACAAAACCAACACCAAAACUGGAUGAACUCUUGGAGAAGUUGUGUCUUUCAUUGUAUGAUGUCCUGAGGCCAAUGAUCAUCCAUGUCAUUCACUUAGAGACACUUUCUGAACUCUGCGGGAUUCUCAAAAACGAGAUGCUUGAAGAUCAUGUACAGAACAAUGCUGAACAACUUGGUGCAUUUGCAGCUGGUGUCAAGCAGAUGUUAGAAGAUGUACAAGAGCGUCUUGUCUACAGGACACAUAUUUACAUUCAGACUGAUAUCACAGGCUACAAGCCUGCUCCGGGCGAUCUUGCGUAUCCUGACAAGUUGGAAAUGAUGGAGCAAAUUGCACAGAGUUUAAAAGAGGAACAGAAGAAACUGCCACCAGAAGCUUCAUUUUCAGAUGUCCGGCUAGAAGAUCCCGAGUCCUGCAGCUUAGUUAAAUCUGGUUCAGCAGAAUCCCUUAAUCCCAGGCACCAGACCACGAUUUCACCAGCAGAUCUGCAUGGAAUGUGGUAUCCUACUGUCAGAAGGACUCUAGUGUGUCUCUCCAAACUGUACAGAUGUAUAGACAGGGCAGUGUUUCAGGGAUUAUCACAAGAGGCCUUAUCUGCCUGCAUCCACUCGCUGCUGGGAGCUGCUGAUUCUAUCAGCAAAAACAAGACCCAGGUUGAUGGACAGCUUUUCUUAAUAAAACACCUUUUGAUUCUUCGUGAACAAAUUGCUCCUUUCCACACUGAUUUCACCAUUAAGGAAAUUUCCCUGGACCUUAAGAAAACUAGAGAUGCAGCAUUUAAAAUCCUGAACCCUAAGACAGUUUCAAGAUUUUUUAGACUAAACAGCAACAACGCCUUGAUACAGUUCUUACUGGAGGGUACUCCAGAAAUCAGAGAACAUUAUAUCGACUCUAAGAAAGAUGUAGAUCGUCAUCUGAAAUCAGCUUGUGAGCAGUUUAUUCAGCAGCAAACCAAACAGUUUAUAGAACAGCUGGAGGAGUUCAUGACAAAGGUAGCUGCUUUAAAAACAAUGGCCACUCAAGGAGGUCCCAAGUACAGCCUAUCGCAGCAACCUUGGGCGCAACCAGCAAAGAUCAAUGAUUUGGUCUCUUCAACUUACAAGACAAUAAAAACAAAGCUGCCAUCAACGUUACGAAGCAUGUCGUUAUACUUGUCCAAUAAAGAUACAGAAUUAAUUUUGUUUAAGCCAGUUAGGAAUAACAUUCAGCAAAUGUUCCAGAAACUCCAUGCUUUGUUAAAGGAAGAAUUUAGUAAUGAAGAUCUCCAGAUCAUAGCUUGUCCUUCAAUGGAACAGGUGAACUUACUUUUAUCGAUGUCCAAGUAGCCCAACAGUGAGGCUGCUUGAAAUAAGCUUCAGCUGAAUGCCAGGCAGUGAGAGGAAUGCAAAGACAUUUGCUUGAAGUAAACAAAGGAUCCCACUGUGCAGUCCAGUCUGCAUCAAAACUAUCCAGGCUGCUUAACCCUGUUUUAGGAAAAAAAGAAAAAAACCAGUUUUAUUGAUUUGUUAAAGGUCUUCCUGUUCAUUGGCUUGAGAAGUGGGGGGGAAGAAAACAAAACAAAAAACCCUUUGCUGAUCACUCUUAUGGAAGCUCAGUUACUGCCUUAUCCAGAUGUUUUCAAAGUUGAAAUCCUGGG